UAAAUGUUCUCCUCACGCUGCACAAUAGACGUACGUCUUACUCACAAUCAGGGAAUAACUUAAAGACUACUAUAAUAGUUGACUUUGCGAGAGAACGCUCAUAGCAACGGUUGCAACGUAGCAACGGAAGCAGCAUGCGGCAUGCUAACUACGAUCUAUUACACUUGCAGAAAACGCCAGUCGCUGGUGUUGGCCGAAUGGGACCUGGGAUACAUACUCCAAUUAUUCCAUGUGCCGCGACGUGCGGUUGUCGACCAUCGAGCUCGGUGUAGAAAUCACGACUGCGCUAUAUUUCAUCGGCUACAGCCUCUCCUUGUUCACUCUAAUAAUGGCAGUCUGCAUAUUUAUCUAUUACAAAGAGUUACGGUGCCUCAGAAACAACAUACAUACAAAUCUAAUGUUCACUUAUAUCCUGGCUGAUUUGACGUGGAUUUUAACUACUGUGAUGCAGGUGUCCAUGCAAACGGAUAUACCAACUUGCGUGAUUCUCUUCUCGCUUCUUCAUUACUUCCACUUGACAAACUUUUUCUGGAUGUUCGUCGAAGGUCUGUAUUUGUAUCUGUUGGUCGUGAAAACGUUCACUGGCGAUAAUAUCAAGCUGAAGCUCUGCCUAGUGAUCGGCUGGGGUGUCCCGGUGCUCGUGAUAGCCAUGUGGGGAAUCGCCAAGUCUCUGGAUCAGAAAGUCAUGAGCCACGUCAUGAAUCAAGCUAACCAGGAAGUGGCGCUCUGGAGGCACUGUCCCUGGAUGAUACCGCAUCCGUACGACUGGUUUUAUCAAGCGUCAGCUAUAAUAGUCAUAGCGGUGAACAUGGUGUUCCUUUUCAUGAUUAUGCGGGUGAGUGCAUCAUCGUAUCGCUAAACAGUAAUGCUACUUAACCUUUUGUCUUAUCGUUUGGGAAAAAUAUGUUGAUAUCGUUCGUCAAGUUGAUAGCGGCCUUAUAUAAAACAGUUUUAUAAACGUUUACUUCGUUAUAUUAAUGAAAAUGGUGUCUCGCGAUCAAUUUCAUUGUCAAGCCUCGCGCGAAUGAUCGAGGGUGCCGAGAACAUAGUCAACUAUAUCGAUAUCGUUAACUAAAUGAUAUUGUAUACUUGUUUAUGGCAUAUAUAACCGGUCGAUUCUACUUGACCCGAGAUGGAUAUGGUCUUGAUUCGAAAUUAAAACUAUCCUGCAGAUAUUGUUGACAAUUAUGAGCAAAUAAAACGGCGUAUACGCGACGAAUAAUGUUUCAAUUUAACGCACGCGGUGCAGUCCGUGCCGAGAAGCGCGAUAAAACGACCGUCCAAUGCACAAAAUUGCUUCUCCCGCACACAUUGAAACUUCUAGUCGUAUCUUACGAGAACACGACGUUGAGCGGCGUGUACUUCCCUGUU